AACUGUCAAGUCAAGAGAGGGAAAAUAAAGUUUGUUUAUAAAUUGUUAGUCCGACCGAGCUGUAACAUAAGAAUCAUUGAUGACUGGGUUGAGUAUCAGCUGUCAGGAGGGGAAUUAAGUGUGUUUAUAUUUCAUAAGUCGAAGAUGUUACCGAAUUUACGCCAAAAACUGUUGAAUGGGGCGUAAAUAUUGAGAUAUAUCGGUUACACGUGAGAAACUAAAUACAGUGGACUAUUACGAUGACAACACCAAGUUUAAUACCGCUAGUAGCACUACCAAUACCAGCAGACAUUCUCUCAUGUCUCCAAUCUGCUGGUUACUUUUAUUACGAAGACAUCGAACAAGAAGAGGGCUCUCCAGCUGAUAAUAUAGUUAAAAAAUUUGCAAGUAAUACAAAACUGUUUUGGAAAGCUGUUAUGUCACCACCUGAAGUAAAGACAGCACUUGACAUCUGGCAGGAGGAGAGUCAGCUGUUUGGCAUUGUGACUUUCUGCAAAGCAAUUGAUGACAUGUUAGAUGGAGGUAUUCCACUGCAGAGCAUCACAGAAUUUUGUGGAGCUCCAGGUUCAGGGAAGACACAGCUCUGCUUGCAGCUUUGUGUUGAUGUGCAGAUUCCGAGCAUAUUUGGUGGUCAUGAAGCAGAAGCUGUGUAUAUAGACACAUCAAGCAGUUUCACAUUGAUUAGAUUGUCAGAUAUGGCUGAUGCUUGCAUCAGUCAUUGUUCUUUAGUUGCCAGACAACAAGGUAAACUCCCUGCCUCAACUUUCACAAUGGAAGCAAUAAAAAAUGGCAUAUCUUAUAUAUCAGUAACAAACCACAUACAGCUGUUGGCUGCAGUCUUUCAACUCAGUGACAUUUUAGAAAAAAGAAAUGUGAAAUUGAUUGUCAUUGAUAGUAUUACAUUCCCUCUCCUAUAUGGAGAACUGAGCAGCAUCCAGAGAACAAGACUGUUGCACCAGAUCCUUGAUGAAUUGCAUCUGUGUGCUAAAAAAUUCAAAGUUGCGGUCGUUGUAACAAAUCAGUUGACUACAAAAGUCUUUGGUGAUGGCACCUCACAAGUUGUUCCAUCACUGGGAGAAAGUUUUGGUCACCGUAUUAAUCAUCGCAUCAUGUUAGGAGCUGAGAACUUUUGCAGCAGUGCUCUUGAAAAGUGCUGUUCAGACCUGAAGAAGAUAAGUGCACUUGAAAUCCAGGAAGUGCUGUCCAGGCUUCAGCAAGUCUGCAGUUCAGAUCUUGAAGAAUCAGCAUUUGUACUUGAAUGUUUACACUUAAAAAGCUACCCUUCUGAUGUAAAGAAUGAAAAUGAGUCAUGCUUUCUUACAGAAAUAUGCGAGAUGCUAAGUGGUAGCAAAUUAUAG